AUGCGGCCCCUCCGUCACCUGGGGCGCCGCUCCAUCCUCCUCCCCCCUCCUCAUUCCCCCUUCACCACCCCCUUCACAUCCUCACGGCCAUUCAGCGAAUCCGCCGCGGCCAACCCCUCAAACAAGACCCAGAUCUACGUCUCCCGCUCCCACGAUCCCCUCACAAACCUCUCCCUCGAGCACCGCCUCCUCCAGACCUCCCACCCGGACUCGACCGUCCUCCUCCUCUACACCAACCGCCCUUGCGUCGUCGUCGGCCGCAACCAGAACCCCUGGCUCGAGGUGAAUCAGGCCCGUCUGGGCCCCCAAUCCCACAUCCAGCUCGUUAGGCGGCGCUCGGGCGGCGGGACCGUCUUCCACGACGAGGGCAACGUCAACUUCAGCGUGAUAUGCCCGCCCAAGGCGUUCCACCGCGACACGCACGCGGAGAUGGUGGUGAGGGCCCUGACCGCGCUGGGGGAGGGACGCGCGCGCGUGAAUGAGCGGCACGACAUCGUCGUCGACAGAGACGAGGGGAAGACGUUCAAGGUGAGCGGGUCGGCGUACAAGCUCACGAGGCUGAGGUCGCUGCACCACGGGACGUGCCUGCUGCGGAGCCCCGGGCUGGCGCGCAUCUCGGGCCUGCUGAGGGCGCCCGGGGAGGCGUUCAUCAAGGCGCAGGGGGUAGACAGCGUGAGGAGUCCCGUCGCCAACGUGGGCGUCGAGCCGGCGGCGUUUGUGGACGCGGUCGUGGCCGAGUUCAGGAGCAUGUACGGCGGGCAGGCGGUGGAGGUGGAUGAGUUUGGGGAAGAGGUGCUGGGGGUCGAGAAGGUGAGGGAGGGAUAUGAGGAGAUGAGGGAGAGGGCGUGGGUGUACGGGCAGACACCGCGUUUCGUGCUGUCGACGGAGGCUACGGAGGACGAUCCUAGGGAGAGGCCGGCGGUGCCGUUUGAGUCCAAGCUCUACAUCGAGGCCAAGCGUGGCAUCGUCAACAAGCUAACACUCAACGGCACGUCUCUAGACUCCCCGUCCAUCGUGGGCGCCUCCAUCUGGGAGAUCUCGGACUGGGCCACUCGGCUCCGUGACGCCGGCUCCGGGGUCGACGACGUGCGGGAGGUGGGAGCCUGGCUCGACGGCGUCCUCGCAACACAACCAUGA